GUAGAGCGGAAAUUUCUUUGAAAUUCCGACUUAUCGAAUGCCACUUUUCCCUUAAAAAUUAAACUAUACGCAUGCGCACUUUUAUCACGUAUAUGAUGAGUAUAUAAAUUUACACAUACACACAAAUGUAUACGAUCGGGUAGGAGACAGCGUAACUCAUAGUGGGGGUCAAGAUUGAGGGGAAGUUCCGAGAUAAUGGAAUCCGAGUUAACGGAGUUCGACUGUACGCCCUUUUGGUUUUAGUCACUAAGUUCAAAACCAAAAGGGUGUAAAAUUUUUUUUUAAUUCCUAAUCAUAUUGUAGACUUACUCCAAAGCCGAAAUUUUUUUUUCCAAUUUUUAGUUACAAAAUAAUUCUACAAAACGACUGGCAAUAAAAAAAUUAUACGCCCUUGGCUUUAGAAAGUUUUCUAAAAUCAAAAGGGCGUAUAAAAAUAUGUCUUCUUGGAAUUAGUGACGCGAUAUAUAUAAUUGAAUUAACCCUUGAUUUAAUUUUUGCAGCGAUUGGCUAUUGUUUAUAUUUUAUGACAAAAUAAUUAGUAUUUCAAAAUUUCUAUCAACUAAAUUCUCAGUUAUUUAAAUAAAAUGAAUAAAAAAUCAAAAAAACCAUGUUACCCCGAGUACUCAACCGGAAACGGAACAGCAGUAGCUGAAGCGCUUGGUAAUUGGGGAUUUUCAAACGGCAGAACUAUUGAAGGCGGGAUCAGUCGCUUGAAAAAAAUAUUCAAUGAAAUGGAUAAAUUAAAAACAAAUAAAGGAAACAUGCAGGUAGUCUACAGUAGAAAAAAUGACCCAGAGGCUUGGCUGUACCCUCCAAGUCCUGCUGAGUGCAAACCGUCGUGGAAUUUUCCUGAAAAGCGACCGCUAAUUACUUUCAAUUCAUCUGUCGAUAUAAUUUAUGUGUCCAGUCUGGCAUCAGUUAAAAAUGAACUCGCAAAUCCCGCUCCUGGAAGGGAAUAUCGCGCUCAAGGAUCUCCUAAAUGGUUCAAAGUUGAACCCAUGGGUUCUUGUUACCAGCCAAGAUGCUGCGCACCUCAACACUCUUGUACUCGACCUCAUUAAUUUUUUUUUAAAUUAUUAAUUAAUAAUUAAAAAAUAAAAAAAAAAUUGAAAUGUCAUGAUUCAAAUGUUUUACAAAAAAAUAUAAUUAUUUUUGACAGCAUAAUAGUAAAUGUGUUAAAAUUAUUUGUACUUCAGUGCAAAGUAAAUUAACGAUGACGAUGACAUAGAAUU